AUCGCAACCGCACAUCCUCUUUUAACAAGAGUCAUCGCAUCUCCUGAAGCUCUCAACCUGUUCGAAAAUCACACACGGUCUCAAGUAAUCCUUCACAUCUGGAGGCGAUAACACAACCAGCGGCAAAUACCCUCUGCGCGUGACACGAACGUCAAUAUGGACGCGAAAGAAGUGGAGCUCCGAGGCAAAGCCAUCACAAAGGCCAUGAACGCCAACGAACCUAGUUCCUCCCUGAUAAAUCUUCUCACCGACCUUCGAAACAACCUCAAACCGACUGAAGAGUUGCUACGACAGACGAAAAUCGGCGUGCAAGUGAAUAGACUACGGACGCAUAAAGACCCAAGCGUAGCCAAAGUCGCUGGUGAGCUAGUCUCGAGGUGGAGGGAUGAAGUGAACAAACAGAAGAGAAAGGGAGCACCAGGAAAGGUUGCUCAGGCUUCAAAUGGGAGUGCAUCUCCUGCGCCUACGCCUGCGUCUGGAACCGCGUCACCUGCGCCAAGUAAGAAAAAACACGAUGUCGACCCAGCCAGUCGCAGCCAUAAGACCGAUAAGGUAGACUUGAAGAUCACGGGAGACGACAGUCGUGACGCAUGCAUACGCUUGAUGUAUGACGGCUUGGCCUUCAUGAGCGAGGACCUCCCUGAAGACAUUAUCGUAGUCGCAAAAGCUGUCGAAUCUGCCGCAUUUGCCAACGCUGGAGGAAUGAAUACAGACUAUCGGACCAAAAUGCGCUCCCUUUUUCAGAAUUUCAAGAACAAGUCCAACGAUGACCUCCGGAAAAGGGUACGAUCUGGUGAUAUUGCACCCAAGCGUCUGGUCGUUAUGUCGCACGAAGAACUGAAAUCCGCGGAUCGACGUAAGGAGGACGAACGUCUUCAGAAAGAGAAUAUGAACGAAGCCAUGGUUGCUCAGGUUGAGAAGAGUAUUUCUAAGGAUUUCCAGUGUGGAAGGUGCAAGAAGAGGAUGGUCAGCUACAGUCAGGCGCAGACUAGAAGUGCUGAUGAACCGAUGACGACUUUCUGCGAAUGUACGAAUUGUGGCCACCGAUGGAAAUUCUCCUGAUGUUCUACGUUGGAGAGCAUUCCCGGCAUGCGUUUCUCGUAUGCUUGCGUUAGUUCUGUAUCCGUUUUUUUUUUUUU